CUUCUUAACCCCAGAUCCAUUGAUGUCAACAGGGGUUAUCCUGUCUCCAUUCUUCCUGUCGUCCACAAUCAGCUCCUUUGUUUUUGUGACAAUGAUGGAGGGUUUGUUUCCUUGACACCAGUCAGAUGUUCAGAUCAUAGAUAGAUUCAGCAGUUAGAUGGUUGAGCCUGGUGCAAUGAAUGUGCUGAGCUGUGUAUAUCACAAUGCAAGAAGCAUCGUAGGAAAGCCAGAUGAGCUCAGGACAGGGAAUUAUGAUAUUGUAACCAAUAUUGGGACUUGGUUGCAGCCAACAGUCUCAGGGAUUUAGAGGAACAAAUUUGUAGAGAGAUUGCAGACCAUGCCAAUAAACAAAAAGGUUGAUUCAGUAAGUGAUUUUAACUUUCCACAUAUUGACUGGGACUCCUAAACUGUAAAGGACUAGAUGAGGUAGAGUUUGUCAUAUGUGCCCUUAAUCAAUACGUAGAAUUCCUGAUGUAGAAGUGUGCAAUAAGCUGUUAGGAAAUGAUCAGGGCUGGUGACAGAAAUUAGUGAUCAUAAUGCCAUGAGAUUCAAAGUAAAUAUGGAAAAAGAGAGGUCUGGACCACGGGAUGAGAUUCUAAAAUGGAGAAAGGUCAAUUUUGAUGGUAUCAGAAAGGAUCAGACAAGUGUGGUUUGGGACAGGUUGUUUCCUGGCAAAGGAGUACCUGUAAGUGGGAGGUCUUCAGAUGUGAAUUUUUGAGGAUGCAGAGUUUGUAUGUGCCUGCCAAAAUGAAAGUUGAAAGGUAACUGGUCCAGGGAACCUUGGUUUUGAAGAGAAAUUGAAGCCUCGUAUAUAUUAUUCCACUAAAUGCCUCAGACUGUUGGGUGCUACCGAGACCCAUUAAUGACUACAAGUCAUAAUUCCACGCACUGAGCUCAUCUGAAUUUUUUUGUUGUCUUUUGGUUUCUCAAAGCUUCCGAAUAUUUGUUCUUUUGUUUGCCCUCUCUUUGACAUUUAUGUUGGCUCUGGCUUCUCAUUUUAGCCACAGUUCUGUCCUCCUGUCUUUCUGAUGCUUCCACUUCUGUGGAAUCACUCAGGUCCCAAAUUGCUCCAGAAACUCCAGCCACUGCUGCUCAAUUGUCACUCCUACCCUUUCCCUUCCAAACAAGUUUGGCCAGCUUCUCUGCCAUAUAAACAUGGAGAAGUUCAGUAAAGAAACAGGCUAUUUGUCCCAUCUAGUCAAUGCCAAAAAAGCAUUUAAACUUGCAGUGCGAUCUGGACCAGCUGGCAAAAUGGUUUGAGAAAUGGAAAAAGGAAUUUAAUGCAGACAAGUGUGAGUUGUUGCACUUUGGUCUGACCUACCGAGGGAGGUCUUUCACAGUGACUGGUCGGGCACGGAGGAGUGUUGUAGAAGAAAGGGACCUGUUGUAGAAGAAAGUCCUUAAUUCACUGAAAGUGGUAUCACAGUUAGAUAGAGAUGGAAGGGAAGAUUUUAGCCCAAUGGCCUUCAUGAACAAAAGUACUGACAACAAUAGAUGAAUGUUAUGUUGACUUGUAGAAAACAUUGGUGAGGCCUAAUUUGGAGUACUGAGUACAGUUUUGGUCACCAACCUACAGGAAAGAUGUAAGGACUUUGAAAGAGUUCAGAGAAAAUUCACAAGGAUGUUGCCAGGUCUGGAGUACUUGGGUUAUAAGGAAAGAUUGAACAGGUCAGGACUUUAUUCCUUGGACUGUAGGAGAUUGAGGGGAGAUUUGAUUGUGAUAGAGGGGCAUAGAUAGUGUAAAUGCAAGCUGGCUUUUACCACUGAGAUGGGGUGGGAGUACAACCAGAGGCCAUGGGUUAAGGGUGAAAGGUGAAAUGUUAAGGGGAAUAUGAGGGGAAACUUCUUCACACAGACAGUCAUCGGGGUGUGGAAUGAGCAGCCAGCUCAAGUGGUGCAUGCGAGCUCAAUUUCAACAUUUCAGAGGUUCAUGUAGGUACCUGGAUGGUAGGGGUAUGGGAGUGGGCAGUUUAAAUAGUUUAGCACAGACUAGAUGGCCCAAAGGGCCUGUUUCUGUGUUGUAAUUUUCUACAAGAAUGUGAAAUAUUACAAAAAUUCACUCUGUCUUUUUAACAGUUGUGCGGACCAACCACUCACCUCAACAGGAAUUUUUAAUAUGGCAUUAAAACUGUGGCACUUUACGUUAAUAAUACAUAAAAGAAAAUCCUAGAUGCACAUCAAGAAAGACUAAUUGCAUGAGACUGGUUUUGUUACUGUGGGGCCAGGCACCCAUGCAGCUCAGCAGGAACAGGGAAUAAUACCAAUGGAGAGAGUCUAACUCCACCAAGGUACAAAUUGGAGAUGACAGAAAUGCCCCAUUCUUAUAGAAACAGGAAGAGCAUCAAAGAAUUGAUGGUCAUUCCAGAUACCAGCACUCUGCCCAGUCAGGAGAUGAUUUCUCUGUCCAACUUGGGUAGAACCUCACUGAAACAGUGCGAUACCAGGUCAAACCUUGGUAACUGAAGUAAUCUCAUCUGAAAUGUUGUCCUACACCCAUUGAUGGAUUUUGUAAAUCUUUUUACAGGUUAAAAACAAGAAGGAAUUUGUCUCCAGGAAGUUCAAACACGGCACACCAGUUUUGUUGUCUCUGUCUAGAUAUUUAAGGAGCAAGGGAUUCAAUCGACCAUCCUUCCUGCUCAACUGUGGGGAGGGAUUUAUUCGGUCAUUUGACCAACUGGCAACCCGUCAUUUUACACAGGAGAAAGGCUGUUCACCCGUUCAGACAGUGGGAAUGGAUUCAGUCGGUUAUCACAAUUGAAGGUACAUCAGUAAUUUCACACUGGGCAAGGCCAUUCACCUGUUCUGUGUGUGAGAAGGCGUUCAGUCGGUCUUCCCACCUGUGGACACACCAGUCAGUUCACACUGGGCAGAGGCUGGUCAUCUGCUGAACAUCUGGGAAAGGAUUCACUCUGUCAUCUGACCUAAUGGCUCACCAGCGUGUUCACAUUGGGGAGAAGCCAUUCACCUGCCCAGUCUGUGGGAAGGGAUUCACUCAGCCAUCCACCCUACAGAGUCACCAGCGAGUUCACACUGGAGAGAGGCCUUUCACCUGUGCAGAAUGUGGGAAGGGAUUCACUAAGUCAUCCACCUUACUGGUACAUCAGCGAGUUCACACUGGGGAGAAGCCAUUCAGCUGCUCAGUCUGUGGGAAGAGAUUCACUCAGUCAUCCCACCUACAGAGUCAUCAGCGAGUUUACACCGGGGAGGGGCCGUUCACCUGCUCAGAAUGUGGGAAGAGAUUCACUUAUUCAUCCACCCUACAGAGUCAUCAGCGAGUUCACACUGGGGAGAAGCCGUUCACCUGCUCAGAAUGUGGGAAGAGAUUCACUUAUUCAUCCACCCUACAGAGUCAUCAGCGAGUUCACACUGGGGAAAAGCCGUUCACCUGCUCAGUCUGUGGGAAGGGAUUCACUCAGUCAACCCACUUACAGAGACACCAGCGAGUUCACACUGGGGAGAAGCCGUUUACCUGCUCAGAAUGUGGGAAAAGAUUCACUGAUUCAUCCGCACUACAGAAGCAUCAGCGAUUUCACACUGGGGAGAAACCGUUCACCUGCUCAGAAUGUGGGAAGAGAUUCACUGAUUCAUCCACCCUACGGAAGCAUCAGCGAGUUCACACUGGGGAGAAGCCGUUUACCUGCUCAGAAUGUGGGAAGAGAUUCACUCAGUUAUUCAAUCUACAGAGACAUCAUCGAGUUCACACUGGGGAGAAGCCUUUCACAUGCUCAGUCUGUGGGAAGAGAUUCACUGAUCUAUCCACCCUACUGAGGCAUCAGCGAGUUCACACUGGAGAGAGGCCGUUCACCUGCUCAGAGUGUGGGAAGGGAUUCACUCGGUCAUCCCACCUACUGGCACACCAGCAAGUUCACAUUGGGGAGAAGCCGUUCACCUGCUCAGUCUGUGGGAAGGGAUUUACUCAGUCAUCCAAUCUACAGAGACAUCAUCGAGUUCAUACUGGGGAGAAGCCGUUCAUCUGCACAGUCUGUGGGAAGCGAUUCACUGAUCCAUCCACCCUACUGAGUCAUCAGCGAGUUCACACUGGGGAGAAGCCGUUCAUCUGCUCAGAAUGUGGGAAGAGAUUCACUGAUUCAUCCACCCUACGGAAUCAUCAGCGAGUUCACACUGGGGAGAAGCCAUUCACCUGCUCAGUCUGUGGGAAGGGAUUCACUCAGUCAUCCCACCUACAGAGACACCAGCGAGUUCACACUGGGGAGAAGCCGUUCACCUGCUCAGAAUGUGGGAAGAGAUUCACUGAUUCAUCCGCCCUACUUUGUCAUCAGCGAGUUCACACUGGGAAGAAGCCGUUCACCUGCUCAGAAUGUGGGAAGAGAUUCACUGAUACAUCCACCCUACGGAAGCAUCAGCGAAUUCACACUGGGGAGAAGCCGUUUAACUGUUCAGAAUGUGGGAAGAGAUUCACUCAGUUAUCCAAUCUACAGAGACAUCAUCGAGUUCACACUGGGGAGAAGCCGUUCACGUGCUCAGUCUGUGGGAAGAGAUUCACUGAUCUAUCCACCCUACUGAGUUAUCAGCGAGUUCACACUGGAGAGAGGCCGUUCACCUGCUCAGAGUGUGGGAAGGGAUUCACUCAGUCAUCCCAACUACUGGAACACGUACAUCAGCGUGUUCACACUGGUGAGAGGCCGUUCACCUGCUCAGACUGUGGGAAGGGAUUCACUUGCUCAUCCACACUAAAGGCACACCAGCGAGUACACACAGGGGUGUGGCCAUUCACCUGCUCUGAAUGUGGGAAGGGAUUCAGUCAGUCAUCUGAUCUACAAAAACACCAGCGAGUUCACACUGGGGAGAGGCCGUUCAUCUGCUCGGACUGUGGGAAGGGAUUCAGUCAUUCAUCCACCCUACACAGUCACCAACGAUUUCACACUGGGGAGAGGCCAUUCACCUGCUCAGAAUGUGGGAAAGGAUUCAGUCAUUCAUCCACCUUACAGAGACACCAGCGAGUUCACACUGGGGAGAAGCCAUUCACCUGCUCAGAAUGUGGGAGGGGAUUCACUCAGUCAUCUGAUCUACAAAACCACAAGCGAGUUCACACUGGGGAGCGGCCAUUCACCUGCUCAGUCUGUGGGAAGGGAUUCACACAGUCGUCCAAACUAUUGGCACACCAGUCAGUUCACACUGGGGAGCGGCCGUUCACCUGCUCAGACUGUGGGAAAGGAUUCACGCUGUCAUCUAAUCUACUGAGGCACCAGCGAGUUCACACUGGGUAGAGGCCGAUCACCUGCUCAGUCUUUGGCAAGAGAUUCUCUCGGCCAUCUCCACCAAAUGUGCAUGAUUGUCAAGUCAAACUUGAGUUUCAGGAAAGUAUCAAGGAAGAGCAAGAAUUCACUCGCAGAGAGGACGGAACCUUCUGCCUGAGGGCGGUUUCUGCCCAGAACAUUUGGGCGGACCCCGCAGCGUCACAGUGGCAGUCCGAGAGCAGCGUCACAUCCCGCGGUAAAAUGCCGAACUUUAAAUAAUUGUUGAGACUGUUUCAGGGAGAGGAGCACGGCUGUCACUGCGUUUGGGUGAACUCCGCCAUCGGGAUCAUCGCACACAGGCACUUCUUGAAAACGGCGCAAGGCUUAAGAAGAGCUCGCGGACCUUCAAAAGGGUUCACCCAGUUUGGGAUCAUAACGAUCCAGUAGAGAAACGGAGGUGCAGGUCCGAAAUGUCUCCGAAGUUCGACAGGCAGCCAGUUUUUCACCUGAUCCUAAUGCUAAUGCUACUGCCACUGCCUUAUGACUUAUGACUAUCCUUGACUAGACUAAUGACUGACUUACCGCUGGUUAUUUAUGACUACUGACUAAUAAUUAUUAACUGCCAC